AUGGUCGUCCUUGUGAUAAUAACUACUGUAAUAUCCUUAACAUUUUCCGAAACCACGUGGCUUUUGAAUUUUUACCUUUUAUAUUCAAUUUUCUGUAAGAAAAAUAUCCCUUUCAAGACAGAGUUGGCGCUCGUCUACUGUAGAUUUGCAGUUGACACGUUGUUUUAUUUCUUGUUUUCGAUCAACAAGAUAUACUUAUUUUCCCGUCAGAUUUCGGAGAAAGUUGUCAUCAAAAAUCUAAUAUUUUUAUUAAUCUGGCCAAUUUUACUAGUUGGAACCGUUCGUUCAACUCUGACUUUUUUGGUUACAAUGGACAGAGUGAUCGGUUCAUUUUUUCCAAUUUUUUAUUAUAAUCAUCGCCACAAACUUUCGAAUUAUAUUUUUUUGAUUUUCAUUUCAUCAGUAGUAAUUUUGGAUCAAUAUGUUUUAUUCGUAUAUUGCAAAAAUACUGACGAUAUUCCAUUGGAAUGUGACAAUUUUCAUUGUAUGAUAAAUCAAUGCUUUAAUAAUUAUUGGAAGCGCCAUGAAAGAAUAGCUUGCAUUUUGUUGGGAUGUUCCUCAAUCUUGCUAUUUUUACGACUUUUUGUUUUGACUUAUUGCCAGCAAACUCCAAACAAUCAUUCAUUGUCAAAGGCCACACUAUUCGCCCUUGUCGAUUCUACGAUAAUCUGUUUAUUGAAUAUAUUACCUCCAUUUAUUUUCUCCAAACUUCCAAAAAUUAAUUUUCGAAACUAUGGCCCACUGGUCUCCAUUCCAAGAUGCGGUGGAUCAGUAAUUGAAGGUCUUAUCAGUUUCAAAAUACUAACCAGGGAAAAGCAGGCGUCACAAAUUUCUCCAGUUAAUUAA